AUGAAGGCAGCUAUAGUUUUGGCACUGAUUGGUUCCGUUUUGGCGGCUCCGCCCAUCAGGCAGAUGCAGAGACCUGACCACGAUCAGUACUCACACAUAUUUGCGCAAGUGCGACCGGCGGGUCAGAAGCCUCAGAACAUGGAGUUGCAGUUUCAGUCGCAGGGAGAGGUUACCGCACAGCAGAAGCUGCAAGUCGAGGAGAAUCACCAGGUUCAACUGGUGGAUGUGCAAAUGAGGCCCGUGGAGCAGAAGCCCCAGCAUGUGGUUGAGGUUGAGAUCAAGCAGCAGCACCCCAACUCUUCUCCCAAUCAUCUGGUGGAGCUGGAGGUCAAGCCCGUGGAGCACAAGCCCCAGCAUGUGGUGGAGGUUGAGAUUAAGCAGCAGCACCCCAACUCUUCUCCCAAUCAUCUGGUGGAACUGGAAGUCAAGCCCGUGGAGCAAAAGCCUCAUUCCGUUGAGCUGGAGAUCAAGCAGCAGCGCCCCGAACAGCAGAGGCCUCAGCAUGUCGAGUUUGAGAUCAAGCAGCACCAGGAAGACUCUGCCCAAGGACACCUGGUUUCUCUGGGAGCCAAGCCCGUGGAGCAGAAGCCACAGCAUCUUGAGUUCGACAUGGCUGUCCAGGAGCCGGUGGACCUACCCCAGCAUCUCGAGCUGGAGAUCAACCAGAAUAAUAAGCUCACGAUGUCCGGCCCCCAAAACCAACACCUGAACCUCAGCCAGCGCCAAUAGAAAGUGGCUGCGAAACACAAAACUAUAUCCGUAUGGGAAU